AUGCUUCUCAAUGUGGGGCCCCUGCAUCCUGAUGACAGAGAUGUGCCGAGGGCCGUGGAGUUCCCAUCUGGAGGAGUGAAGACGGGCCCCACGCGCCGGAGGGGUGAAAGAAGUGAGAAAUAUGACAGCGAUGACAUCCGGGAGGAGGCUCCAUAUUCAUACAGUCAUCCCCCACACGGGACAUGUGUGUGGGGGCCACCGGGUGAGAGCCAUGUGCCGUGGGGGAGAUGUGGGGGAGAGCCCAACGGAGCUGACACGUGA